AUGCGUCUUACAAGUGUACGAAGGGCUGCUCCUCGAGCAAACCUCACGGGCUUUGAUCCAAAGGCAUACGCCGCCGCCGCCGGAAAACCCAAGAACGACCCCUGGGCGAGAGCUGAGGCGUGGCGAUACAGCGGACCAUUCACACGAGCCAACCGAUUUAAAGGCAGCUUCCCAGGCCUGGGUAUUGCGACAGUGGCAUUUGCGGCAUACUGCGGAUACGAACACUUCUUUCUGAGUGAUGAUCAUGGACAUGGGGAGGGUCACGGAGAGGGACACCAUUAG